UUCAUUUAACAAACAAAUCAUCCUAUUUUCCCUAGAGAAUUUGAACAAGUAACAUUGUUGUUAUUUGUGUAAUACAAUGGCAUCUCUGAAAAGCCGUUUGGAGCAUUCUGUCACUCGCAAUGCUCUUAGAUCAUAUCUUGCGGAGUUCAUCUCUACUUUCAUUUUCGUUUUCGCCGCUGUUGGAUCUGCAAUGUCUUCGAAGAAGUUGCUGGGAAAUGCUGCAUCACAACCGUCUGGUUUAGUUGGCAGUGCAGUAGCAACCGCUUUCUCCUUGGUUGUCGCGGUUUAUGUUUCAGUCGGCGUCUCUGGCGGCCAUGUGAAUCCGGCUGUGACCUUUGGGAGGGCGAUUGGAGGGCAUAUUAGUAUUCCAAUGGCGAUGUUUUACUGGAUUUCGCAGAUGCUUGGCUCUGUCAUGGCUUGCCUGGUUCUGAAAGUUACAACAGUAGGACAGCAUGUUCCUAUGCAAGGUAUAAUACCUGUUGAGAUGACUGGAUUCGGAGCAGCGAUCCUGGAAGGCGUGAUGACAUUUGCCCUGGUUUACACGUUCUAUGCAGCCGCAGAUCCAAGGCGUGGUUCUAUGACAGCCAUUGGCCCGAUGGCAAUCGGGUUUAUUGCAGGGGCAAAUGUGUUGGCGUCUGGUCCUUUUACUGGUGGAUCUAUGAACCCGGCUUACUCGUUUGGGGCAGCACUGGUUGCAGGUAGUUUCAAGAAUCAAGCAGUUUACUGGGUUGGUCCCUUGCUUGGUGCAACCAUCGCAGCGCUGUUGUACGACAAUGUAGUGUUUCCUCAAGGGAGUGAAGGCAUUGGUGAUGGUGUUGGAGUCUAAAUGUGUUGAUUAAUCAUUUAAUUUGCCUAGUAUUAUGAAUGACCUGAGUUAUAUUGUAGUUGCAUAAUGGUCGUCUGUAGCUGUAAUCCUAGUUUUCAAACUUUUAAAGUUAGUACCUUGCUUGU